CUCUCCUCUUCAUGCUGUGCUCUCUAGCGGGGUAGACCUCGUGGUGGAUUGGUCUUGAUUCGGCCAUAUUGGAUAGUGAAUGUCUCGAUUACACAAGGGCUCAAGAGUAGCCGUGAAUCUUACAAUAAAUCCUCGACGUUGUGAGGAUACUGAUUCAACAUGGAGAACGAAUACGCAGUCACGGUCACCAAUAAAUUUAUGUUGGCUCUCGAUGAGAGCGAAGACCCUCUGGAGGUUCUAAAAGUGCGAGAGCAAGAGAAAGAAGCGAAGAAAAAAGAACGUAUAUCUGAAAAGGAAAAUAAAAGCAAACAACAGCAACAACAAGACGGGCAAAAGGUUGCCAGCACUAAGACGCCGAAAACCCGGGCCAUUAAAGAUGCCCAGCAACCACCCUCAAAAGUGCAAGAGGUGAAAAAAGAUCAAGUGGAGAAGAAACCAGUUCAGCCAAGAGCAAGCGGUGGAGACCGCAACGUGAAAUUCUCUGGAGAAUCCAGAGAAGAACGUAAUAACAGACGAAAUAGAGAAGAGGGUGAUAGAACAUUGCGCAAUCAGGGGGAAUUUCGACGAGGGCCUCCUGGCGAGAGCCGCGAGACACGCGAGACACGCGAGACACGCGAGACACGCGAGUCACGCGAGUCACGUGAGUUUAGAAACUCGACUGAUACCCAGCGUACCGAAUAUGGAGAACGUCGUGGUCACGGCGGUGGUAUGCACGGUAUGGGCCGUGGCCCACGCGGUGGUCCUCGUAGUGGUCCGCGUAGUGGUCCGCGUAGUGGACGUGCCGGGUUUGAUAAUCGCGGGAAGCGCGAGUUUGAUCGUCAGAGUGGGUCUGAUAAGACAGGCAUUAAGCCUGUUGAUAAGAAAGAUGGAGCUGGCUCUCAUAACUGGGGAACUCACAAUGAUGAAAUUGAAGAAAGCUUGAAUCAGGAAAGUCAAGAAUGGACAGAGAAACCAGAAUCAGAACCUCAACCUGCGGCUGAAGUUAAGAACGGCGAAACGACUACGGAGACAACUGUUGAAGAGAAACCUGCUGAAGAGGAAACCCGUGAACUUACUUUGGAUGAAUGGAAGGCUCUACGUAGCAACCGACAGAAACCGCAGUACAAUCUGCGUAAGGCUGGUGAAGGUGAAGACUUAUCGCGUUGGAAAAAAAUGUAUGCACUUGAGAGGAAGAAGGAAGGUAAUGAAGAAGAGGAAGAGGAGGAAGAGGAUUACGACGCAGCCGCGGAGUAUCCUCAACGUGUUGGCAGACAAAAGCGCGUAUUAGGCAUCGAGAUACAAUUCAGUGACUCCCGACGUGGCUCAGGUGGUCGUGGUCGAGGCGGCCGUGGUCGUGGCGAUCGCGUGAAUGGCCGUGGAUUUGGGAAUCGUGGUGCUCCCAGAGACGGUGACACACGUUCAUCACAGAAUGAACAAAGAUCGCCACGAAGUCGUCAGAACGCUCCAAAGGUGGACGACGAGAAUGACUUCCCUUCUCUGGGAUAAAUGUACUGAAAAUGUUGGGCAAAUGUAUUGACCUAUCCAGGUAGCUUACUCUAUCGACCAUUACAACAACCCAUUACCGUCAGUACAUUUACUACAGAUAAAGUUAUACUAAUCAAAACAAAAAAAAAUAAAGGAACGAAAAGAAAAGAAAUCUACUAUUGAAAAUCGUUAAUGAUUAUUAAUACUUAAAUAUAACUAAUAAUUUUCGAUAGUAGAUUUCUUUUCUUUCUUUUUUCUUUUUUCUUUCUUUUAAGUCAGUAUAACUUUAGUUAGUGUAACUUCUGUAGUAAGUGUAAAAUAUGUAAUCUUACAUUCAAAUUUUAUUAUACGCGAAAAUAAAGGCGUGGAUUGCGGUAUCGAUCUCGAUCUCGAUGUCGCGUAAAGGGCCUAAAGGAGGCUGGAUGUAGCAUCGAUACGCGCGCGAACAUGUAUAAUAUCUCUUAAGGCGUAAAUUUUUAACGCUUUUAUUUUUAAGUUUUAUACAGAUUUGGAGAACAAUUCUUGUGUUCUUGUGAAGUAAAAAUAUAUCGUUCAUUAAAAUAUUCUAAUAAAAACUUAAAGGCUGAUAUAUUAUUAUUUAAGAAUACAAGAAAUUCUUUUCCAAAUCUACUUAUCGGCCCUCAUUCUUAAUUACGAGUCUUUAACUGUGUAAAAAUAUAGUAAAUAACUAAAUUAGUCAAUUUACAAUAUUUGUUGAGAAUUAAAAAUUUUUAAUUAAAAAUGAGGACAGAUAAGUAGAUUUUUGAUUGUUUAACAAGUAUAGUAAAUAACUGAAUUAGUUAUUAACUAUAUUUAUUAUAUAAUUAAAAAAAUAAUUACAUCCAAAAGAAUCACCUUAACCACCAUAAAGACAAAAAUAAAAAUGACAGAAUCUGUUAUGAGCUGUUUGAAACUUAGGCAUAUGUGUAAAUAACAUAUUUACAAUAAUAAAUUGUGACGAUCAGAUAAUUCGAA